GUCAAAACGGAGGUGGAGAGAGAGGGCUCCGAGGGCUCCGUUCCGAUCAUCGCUUAAGGGAAGAAAAAGGACGGCGAAACCCUAAUCUCUUCCCAGUCUCCUAAGAGAUCUCUCGUUUCUUUGCCUCUUCAAUUUCUAAACCUAAUUGCUUUCAUCGCAUCUGAUAUUUGCUUCCGCCAUGGGGUUGUGGGAAGCUUUCCUCAAUUGGCUGCGGAGCCUCUUCUUCAAGCAAGAAAUGGAACUGUCCUUAAUCGGGCUCCAGAAUGCUGGGAAAACUUCACUCGUUAAUGUUAUUGCGACUGGAGGAUACAGUGAAGACAUGAUUCCUACUGUAGGGUUCAAUAUGAGGAAGGUUACUAAGGGAAAUGUCACCAUAAAGUUGUGGGAUCUUGGUGGUCAGCCAAGGUUUCGCAGCAUGUGGGAACGAUAUUGUCGCGCAGUCUCUGCUAUUGUGUACGUUGUUGAUGCAGCUGAUCAUGAGAACUUAUCAAUCUCAAGAGGUGAACUCCAUGACCUAUUAAGCAAGCCUUCUCUCACUGGCAUUCCAUUGCUAAUACUUGGGAACAAAAUUGACAAACCUGAAGCACUUUCUAAAGCAUCAUUGACAGAGGACAUGGGGCUCAAGUCCAUCACCGACCGCGAAGUUUGCUGCUUCAUGAUUUCGUGCAAAAAUGCGACCAAUAUUGAUGUCGUCAUCGACUGGCUCGUCAAGCACUCAAAGUCCAAAAAUUGAGUAUUUAAAGUCCAAAAAUUGUUUUUUUUUUGCCGAUCUACUACUGUUUAAAGUUCGAGUUCUUGAGUACAGGUGGUGAAUUUUCUGCUCUUUGCUAACUGGGCUUCUGACCUCUCUUUGUUUGUUCAGUGUUAAUUGUUAUCUUCAUCUGAAUGGGUGAUCUGGGGCUUCUACAUGUUUAUAAAGCUCAAUCUAUGGGCUCUGAAGAGUUUGUGUUGUGUGUAUUUUAACUUCUUGUUGUGAGCAAUUGCUGCAUUUGUGUUAAUGGACACUAUGAAAUAAAUACUCCUUAUCAACUGUUUCUUCUA